AACGAUUGAGAUCAAGGGUUUUCUAGGAAUUAGGGUUCUUCCGCGGCGGCGAGGCGAGGGAAAGAGGAAUGGCGCCCAAGAAGGAGAAGGCCGCGCCCGCUGCGAAGCCCGCCAAGAGCGGCGGCGGUGGCAAGCAAAAGAAGAAGAAAUGGAGCAAGGGGAAGCAAAAGGAGAAGGUCAACAACAUGGUCCUCUUCGAUCAGGCGACCUUCGAUAAGCUCAUGGCGGAGGUUCCCAAGUACAAGCUCAUCACUCCAUCGGUGCUCUCGGAUCGAUUGAGGAUAACUGGAUCUCUUGCUCGUCGCGCGAUCAAGGAGCUCACUGCCAAGGGCGUGAUUCGCUCCGUCUCAGUUCACGCCUCGCAGCAGAUCUACACGAGAGCGACUAACACUUGAGCGCUCCGUUGUUUUUGAUAAGGAAGAGCUCAUCGUGUACUCCAUUUUCUUUCUUGAUCAAAGCUAAGUUUUUUUGCGAGAUA